AUGCGGCGGAGCCCCCGCUCGGGCUCGGCCACGGCCCCGCUCAAGCACACGCCCAGUUUCUACAGCGACAACAGCAACAGCUCAGUGAGCGUCACCUCGGAGGACACCAUGGGGCACCGGUCAGCUGGGCCGGGGCCCGGGGAGCCUGAGGGCAGAAGAGCCCAGGGCUCGAGCUGCGGUGAGCCCGCCUUGAACGCAGGAGUGCCCGGAGGAACCACAUGGGCAGGAAGCUCUCGGCAGAAGCCGGCGCCUCGGAGCCACAAGGGGCAGACCGCCUGUGGCGCGGCAACCGUGAGGGGCGGGGCUUCGGAACCGGCUGGGUCUCCCGUAGUCCCUGAGGAGCAGCUCGACCUCUUCUCGACCCUGGAUCUGAGGCAGGAAAUGCCUCCCCCGCGGGUGUCCAAGAGCUUCCUGAGCAUACUCUUCCAGGUGCUGAGCGUGUUGAUAUCACUGGCAGGAGACGUGCUGGUCAGUGCGUACAGGGAGGUCUGUUCCAUCCGCUUCCUGCUCACGGCUGUGUCGCUGCUGAGCCUCUUUCUGGCAGCACUCUGGUUGGGACUCCUGUACCUGGUCCCUCCUUUGGAGAAUGAACCUAAGGAGAUGCUGACUCUAAGUGAGUACCACGAGCGCGUGCGCUCCCAGGGGCAGCAGCUGCAGCAGCUCCAGGCCGAGCUGGAUAAACUCCACAAGGAGGUGUCCAGCGUUCGCGCAGCCAACAGCGAGAGAGUGGCUAAGCUCGUGUUCCAGAGGCUGAAUGAGGACUUUGUGCGGAAACCCGACUAUGCGCUGAGCUCUGUGGGAGCCUCCAUCGACCUAGAGAAGACAUCCCACGACUACGAGGACACGAACACUGCCUACUUCUGGAAUCGCUUCGCCUUCUGGAAUUACGCGCGGCCGCCCACCGUUAUCCUGGAGCCAGACGUGUUCCCUGGGAAUUGCUGGGCUUUUGAGGGCGACCAGGGCCAGGUUGUGAUCCGGCUACCGCGUCGUGUGCUGCUGAGUGACAUCACCCUGCAGCAUCCGCCACCCAGCGUGGCGCAUACCGGAGGAGCCAACAGCGCCCCCCGCGACUUCGCAGUCUUUGGCCUCCAGGUUGAUGACAAGACUGAAGUUUUCUUGGGGGAAUUCACCUUCGAUGUGGAGAAAUCUGAGAUUCAGACUUUCCACCUGCAGAAUGACCCCCCAACUGCCUUUCCCAAGGUGAAGAUCCAGAUUCUAAGCAACUGGGGCCACCCCCGUUUCACGUGCUUGUAUCGUGUCCGUGCCCAUGGUGUGCAAACCUCAGAGACGACAGGGGACAGUGCCACAGGGGCCACUGGGGGGCCCCAUUAAACAUGCUGAUUGUUGAAGUAGAAUUGAGUUCUGUGCUGAAGGAAGCUAGAUCAGUGCUAAGG